GUGUUUUAAUUUUAAACAGGAACAAUGCCCAAAAACUGAUGAAAUCGUUCAUUAUCUUUUGCAAAGUGAAAUGGUUCCUUUGUGCCUCCGUUGCAUGGACGUGGGUAGCGACCUCACAAAAUCCGUUGCAGCAUUUGUGAUUGGCAAGAUUUUAGGUGAACCAGAAGGAAAGACCUACUGUGGGACAUUUGCAGAGAGAUUUUUUUCAGUGUCCAGGGCUUUGUCAAAAAUGGUGGAUGAGUUUUCUGGAAAGCCGUCACCCGCGUUGUUGAAAAAUACGCUAAUUUGCUACCUUCGACUCUCCGAAAUAUCGAGGUGCUGUAAUGUGUUGAAGAAACGCUACCCUGAGCGAUUGAGGAACCCCGUAUACCUCAACCAUGUCUGUGAUGGAAAUACUAGAGCUCUGGCUGAACAGGUGCUACAAAACAUCAUGGGAAGACAGCAAGUUGAAGCUGUACCAGUGGAAGCCUUAGUUUCAGCCACGAGAUCCAUGCAAACGUAGAACAUCACUGCUUCAUGUCCUAACAAUUCCAGAUUAUUAUCUUGUUUAUAUGCGAUAUGUUACUUUGUGGAAUUAUAUGGUUUCUUCAACUUCAAGAUAUACAUAAUAAAC